CAAUAGGAUUUUUUUUUUUUUUUUCUUUUCACGACACCAACCCAAAAGCUAUAAUUACAGAACCAAAGAUCAAACAACGUAAUCCUGUCCAAAAUGGGAACAGUCAUCGACUCCCACUUUCUAGCUCUGACUGCCAUCGUCACUGUGGGAUACCAGUUGCUAUUUUUUAUAGUCACUGCUCUUCUCAAGUUUGAUAAAGUCACUGACUUUGCUGGAAGCACGAAUUUUGUUAUACUUGCUGUGUUGACUCUGAUUUUGAAAGGGACAUGGCAUUUCAGGCAGGUAGUUUUGAGUUUACUUGUAGUAUUGUGGGGUCUUCGCCUGGGAUUGUUCCUGUUAAUGAGGAUUCUGCAAUGGGGAGAGGAUAGACGCUUUGAUGAAAUGCGUAAUAAUUUGGGGAGAUUAGCAAUUUUCUGGAUAUUUCAGGCUGUCUGGGUUUGGACAGUGAGUUUACCUGUAACAGUGGUUAAUGCAAGUGAUAGAAAUCCAUCUAUUCAGGCUGAGGAUAUAAUUGGAUGGAUUAUGUGGUCUGUGGGGGUUUCAGUUGAAGCUGCAGCUGAUCAACAAAAGCUUACAUUCAAGAACUCUCCAGAAAAUAGAGGAAAAUGGUGCAAUGUUGGACUAUGGAAAUACUCUCGUCACCCAAAUUAUUUUGGCGAGAUUUUCCUCUGGUGGGGAAUUUUUGUGGCUUCUACAGCUUUGUUGAAAGGUGCUGAAUGGCUUGUAAUCCUCAGUCCCAUCUUUCUUACACUGUUGCUUUUUUUCGUCAGUGGCAUACCAUUGCUUGAGGAAUCUGCUGACAAGAAAUUUGGCAAUGUGGCUUCAUAUAGGGCGUAUAAGAGAUCAACCAGUCCUCUGAUUCCUCUGCCUCCAGUAGUGUAUGGAAACUUGCCUUCAUGGUUCAAGACAACUUUUCUCUUUGAAUACCCUUUCUAUAGUCGGAAUCUUCCGAAUGAGGGGACAACAUGGAAUAGAAUGGAACAAAGCUCAGUAGGAGUCAGCAGUGGAUUGAAGAAGAUGAGUUAGAUUUUGAUUCUUUGGAAUUGCUUUGCUUUAUACUUGCUUGGUUCUGUUCAAGUUAAUUUUUCAUUUUUGUAAAAUUCAUUUCCCAUAGUAAUAUGAUACCUACUGGCUUUUGAUUCA